UAAUGCGAUAACGAUAACGCGAGAAACUUAGACGCGACGCUUUCCAGCGAUUCGGAUGGUCAGGUGUACGCGCAACUGGCCGAUUGACAAUUGCUUCGUGUUGUUACGAUAGUGUCUGCAAUCAAAACGGCACGUGCAUAAUGGGGAGCGACUCGAGCGAUGCAGUUUUUAUCUCCCGGCGAUACCCCGGCGUUCCGUCGACAGUAGACACCGCUAGCGAAUCUCGACUCGCGUUUCUUCCAGGCGAAUCCCCAGAAGGCACGAUGCCCGUCUGCCUCGGCACCGAUCGCACAGGCACCAUCGAGUUCAGGCUGCUCACCAAGGACAGAAUCGAGGAUGCCAUGACCGUACAGCAGCAGUCCAUGCGACAAGAGUGCAUCGCAAUCGGCAUGGGCAUGUACGAGGAUCCGGGAGCUCCUGAAGAGAUGCAGCUGGUCUUCAGGGAGGUCAUCAAGGACGGGUGCACGGUGAUCGCGGUCGAUCGCUCGGAUCGCGUUGUCGCCGUGUCGUUCAACAAGUUACAUAUGCCUCCCCAGUCGGAAGAAACGGAUCCCCUCGCAAUUUUUAUAGAAAAUAACAUCAAGCACCGCUCGUGCCGGGAUCUGAUUGAGUUCAUCGACGACGUAGAAUCGCGAGUAGACAUCUUACAGAAAUACAACGCGCGAGGUGCCAUGGAAAUCUUCUACAUAGGCACGGAUCCGAAAUGUCAGGAGCGCGGUCUCGGUCUGGAAAUCACGCAGAAGAGCCUCGAAGUGGCGCGGGGUUUGCGCGCCAGGAAGUUGAAGCAGAUCUGCGUAGCUGACGAAAUCGUCAACGAACACGCGCGACCGGAGGUGGCUUUCGCCGUCGCCGCCUCGACGUUCAGCCAACGAAUCAUGGAAAAGCUAAACUUUGAGACACUCGCCGAGGUGCGGUACGAAGAUUACAUACGUGGCGGCAAGAAGAUGUCUGAUAGAAUAGGCAAUGUGCAUAAAACGGCCAAAUUAACUGCCCGCAAGCUCUGAUGACAUCGGUUUUCGUUCUGGGAUUUUACAUCAACACAGUCAUUCGCUUCUAUAUCAAAACGAAGGCAUUAAUAUUUAAAAUUUACUCUGAAAAGAGAGAAACGUUGUAUUUUAAUUCAGAAGGUUGUAAGGCGAAUCAGAAAUAUAAAAAGUGCAUAAAAUUAAAAAAUAUGUACUGUUUUACAUUUUUUAUCGGUGAGUUUUGAAAACUUUUAUAACAAAAUUCAAAAUUUUUUACACGUCACUUUAGUGUCACGGUGAAAGUUUCGUCACAUAAUUUCCAUUUGUAAAAACAUUAACACGUUGACAUUAUUUGUUAAAAAAUUUGUUUGAAAUUUUACGCAAUUCUCUUUUAACAUUUCCGAUUCUUCUUACAAUCUUCUUAGAUAUUAUAUAUUCUUCUGCCUCUCAGAAAUAUUAUAUAUUGUAGAAGAAUAAUUUGCAGCAUACUGUUAAUAGAAUAUAAAAUGUGAUACAUAAAAUAACAAAUAAUAAUGUUACACACGAGCGCAUUAAUCAACUUAAAAUCAACACUACAGUUCAAGUGUGGCUGUUCCUAAAAAUUAACACUGUGUGAAUUAUAAUAUAUUAUAUAUACAGGGUGUUACAAAAAACCAUUCAAUAUUUAUAUGGUAGAUAGGACACACCAUACUGAGUAAAAAAACCUAAAUAAAAUGUCUCGAAAAUGA